AGUGCCAGCUGCGGGGCAGCAUGCACACCGGAGCAACGACCCGCCCGCCGCACGGACGCCGCGGGGACGCCUGACCAGACAGACAGGUAGAAGGGACCACAGGACCGAGGGAGGAGGUGCGGCCAGGGACAGCCCCUGAAGACCGCGCCUCGGCGACAGCGCCAUGGACGGCCUGGACAACACCACCCUGCUUUUUGCCCCGUCCUCGCUGCAGCCUGACAACCUCACCCUGUCGCCCAACGCCAGCAGCCCAAGCGCCAGCACCCUCUCGCCUCUCGCUGUCACCUCUAGUCCCGGUCCCGGGCUCAGCCUCGCUCCGAGUCCGAGCAUCGGCUUCAGCCCCGAGGCGACCCCGACUCCAGAGCCCACGAGCAGCAGCCUCACGGUCGGCGUGGCUGGCCAGGGCUCCUCCGCCUUCCCCCGCCCCUGGAUCCCCCACGAGCCCCCAUUCUGGGACACACCGCUCAACCACGGGCUGAACGUGUUUGUGGGCGCCGCCUUGUGCAUCACCAUGCUGGGUCUGGGCUGUACUGUGGACGUGAACCACUUCGGGGCGCACGUCCGGCGGCCGAUAGGCGCUCUGCUGGCUGCGCUCUGCCAGUUCGGCUUCUUGCCGCUGCUAGCCUUCUUGCUGGCCCUCAUCUUCAAGCUGGAUGAGGUGGCCGCGGUGGCCGUACUCCUAUGUGGCUGCUGUCCCGGUGGAAAUCUUUCCAAUCUCAUGUCUCUGCUGGUGGACGGCGACAUGAACCUCAGCAUCAUCAUGACCAUUUCCUCCACACUCCUGGCCCUGGUGUUGAUGCCCCUCUGCCUCUGGAUCUACAGCCGUGCCUGGAUCAAUACCCCUCUGGUGCAAUUACUCCCCCUAGGGGCAGUCACCCUGACUCUCUGCAGCACUCUCAUUCCAAUUGGGCUAGGCGUCUUCAUUCGCUACAAAUACAACCGGGUGGCUGACUACAUCGUGAAGGUUUCCCUGUGGUCUCUGCUUGUGACCCUGGUGGUUCUUUUCAUAUUGACUGGCACCAUGCUGGGACCUGAACUGCUGGCAAGCAUUCCCGCAACUGUUUACGUGGUCGCCAUUUUUAUGCCUCUGGCGGGCUACGCCUCGGGUUAUGGCUUAGCUACUCUCUUCCAUCUCCCGCCCAACUGCAAGAGGACUGUGUGUCUGGAAACAGGAAGUCAGAAUGUGCAGCUCUGUACUGCGAUUCUCAAACUGGCCUUCCCGCCUCGCUUCAUAGGUAGCAUGUACAUGUUCCCUCUGCUUUACGCCCUCUUCCAGUCUGCCGAGGCAGGGGUCUUCGUGUUGAUCUACAAAAUGUACGGAAGUGAGAUACUGCACAAGCGAGAGGCCCUAGACGAAGAUGAAGACACUGAUAUUUCUUAUAAGAAACUGAAAGAAGAGGAAAUGGCAGACACCUCCUAUGGAACCGUGGGGACGGAUGACUUAGUGAUGAUGGAGACCACCCAGACCUCCCUCUGACCAAGGAGAUACACAGGAGCCUCCAUUCGGCUGAAAUAUCACUUCCUAUUUGUGACCAUUGGUAGUGCGUAUGGUUCCCAUCCGGGAUAAAGAUGGGUUGACAUUUCCUGUAACAGAUUUGCUCUUCCCACUGUAAUGUUGGAUCUCAGUAUUACCCAUGUGUUUUUCUAACUCAACAGAGUGUCCCAAUAUUGCUUACACCUGGGUCAGCUAAAGUACACCCCCCCCCUCUGCUUAAGUAGUGUGCUGUUUGGUUUUGUUUGUUUGUUUUUUUUUCGGUUUUUGUUUGUUUGUUUUGCCAUUUCCACCAGCAUCGCUACAAAUAGGAAAUGGGGUUGGAAAUGUAGAUGUUUGGUGCAUACACGAGUAAAACUGUAAAACAGAACCAUGGGUUUGCUCAACGUACAAACACCCGAUUCUGUUCAGGGAGAGCCUGUAUUGAGAAAAGUCCAAAACGAGUCAGUGAAACUGCAGGAUAGCAUUGCAUCGUCAAACCACUCUCAAAGCAGAGAAAAUCAUAUUAAUGUGUGUGACUACUUGAUCUAGUAGCUAUUGUUAAUGGUCAUCAACAUUGUUCAGGGGUGAAAGGCAUUUUCCCCCAUAUAUUUCCUGUAUUUGUAUAAACACAUAUGAGAUCCAUUUAUCGUCUGAAGGAAUGGUUUUCUUAGGAAAAUGUGUAGAUCUCACCUCAGAGGAGAGAAAAUGGGCCCCUUUGUCCACCCCUGGGAAAGGGCUGUGGCUACAGGCUUUCCUUCCUGAAAGGCCCAUGGCUGGACACUGUCCCACUGUACUGAGAGAUGUGAGCUGUGAUCUGAGACAACGUAAGAGGCUCAGAGCAGUCCCCUAACCUUGGUAUUUUGCUUCCUAAUCAGACACACCGGCCUCUCUUGCCUUCCUCAUGACAGACAUCUGGAGGGACAGGCAUGGGGCCCACCUGGCUCUGCUAAUCUCAGUGAUGAUUCUGGGGUCGAAUUCUCAUCUCGUCUAGAUCCACUACAAAUUGUUACUGUGGCUAGCAAGGAAAGCUCUUUUUUUUUUUUUUUUUUGCAUCCACGAGGGGGGGGGGUCGCCUCUUAACUAGUGUGACUACAGGGUGGUAGGGCUUUUUCUACCGGUGCGCGGCCGCCUAUUUAACGCGGCGUGGAGGGCAGCUGGGCCGCGCUGAUGGCUGCCUGGGCGGGCGAGGCGCGGGACGCAUCCAUGUUCCCGGCGAGCACGCCCCACCCGUGCCCGCAUCCUUAUCCGCCGGCCGCCAAAGCCGGGGAUGGCUGGAGGUUCGGAGCCAGGGGCUGCCGACCCGCGCCCCCCUCCUUCCUCCCCGGCUACAGACAGCUCAUGGCCGCGGAGUACUUCGACAGCUAUCAGCGCGCACAGCUCAUGGCCCUGCUGUCGCGGAUGGGUCCCCGGUCCGUCAGCAGCCGCGACGCUGCGGUGCAGGUGAACCCGCGACGCGACGCCUCGGUGCAGUGUUCGCUCGGGCGCCGCACGCUGCAGCCUGCACGGCGCCGAGCCAGCCCCGACGCCCGGCCAGCUUCCUGCCAACCCCGUAGCCCCGCCGGCGCCGGGAGACCCCGGCGAUCCUGGCGGACCGUCGCCCUGUACUCGCCCGUGACCUUCUGUGGCCUCUCCUCCUCGCUGGAGGUUGUGGGAGACAGGCAGACACCCACGAAGGGAGAGGGGAGCCCGGCAUCCGCGGGGACCCGGGAACCAGAGCCGAGAGAGGUGGCGGUAAGGAAAGCGGUCCCCCAGUCCCGAAGCGAGGAGGGCGACGUCCAGGCUGAAGGGCAGGCCGGGUGGGAGCAGCAGCCACCGCGAGAGGACCGGGACAGUGUGGCGGCGAUGCUGUCUGAGCCUGGGAGUGAGGAGCCAUGUCCUGCCGCAGAGAUGGCUCAGGACCCCGGUGACUCGGCUGCUCCUCCUCGAGACCGGGCCUCCCCGCAGAGCACCGAACAGGACAAGGAGCGCCUGCGUUUCCAGGUGAGGCCAGCCUGGCGGCCUGGGCGCCUCCAGAAUUGUAGGGAUCCUUUCAGGAUGGUGGUUCUGGGUGAAGCAGAACAUAGAAUUCUUCCAUGCCAUCAGUCUGUUUUUUGUUUGUUUUUAACAUGUAUGGUGUUUUGAUUGCACGUUGUAUCUGUACACUUCAUUGUAGUGGAGAGAUGGAGCAGAUCGGAUCCCCUGGGACUGGCGUUUUUACAGAUGGUUGUGAGUCACCAUGUGAGUUUUAGGAUCGGAAUUAGGGUCCUCUAGAAGAACAGGGUGUUGUUUCACAGCUGAGCCAUCUCUCCAGCUCUUUGGCAUAUAGGAUUUUGCAGCCGCUGCCUGUUAAUACAAUAGGAAGCUUUUACACAAUAAAACUAACCC